AGAGUCCUCAACAAAGGGUAUGUGUCCAUUAACUGCUUCCUGUCCAUCUUUUCUCAGGAGGAAAGCCUCUAUAUAAUUCCUUGAGAUUUAGAUUGACCUGAUUUCACUUUCCAGGCAUCCAAUUUCCUUCCAUUCUCCUCUUUUAUCCAACCAAAGCAAAUUCACUCUCUGAUUCCUUUCCUACCAGAAAAACUCAAUUGAGCUGCCGAUUUGAACACUGAGAAAAAAAAUCGGAUUGUUUCUCUUCAAUGGUGUUUCGCUCCAUAUCUGCAACCCACCCAAACACAACCAAUAUUGUUAUGGCUUCUUCUACUACUGUCAAACCACCCCAGCCACUCCAUAACUUUCCUCUACAAGACCUUAAAUGGUCAAUGAACCCUUCCAACAACGCCACCAACCACCACCGCUUUCGCUCCAACAAAUCUCCUCACCGGGAUGCUGCUGCGGCUGACUCGGACGGAGACGGCGGGGUCAAGGUUGAGAAAUUAUCGAAGCAAAAAUCUGAUGAUGCUGAGACUUUGGAGAAGAAAUCGAAGAUCUUUAUUCGUUUGAGGACCACCAAAAAUAGCAGCGGUAGCAGUAGCAGCAAGUGCAUGGUGGAUGAUGUGGCUGCGGAUGCAGGGGAUCUGGACUCUGCUGCUGUAGUGGAGGAUGUGGAGGAGUCGAUGCCGAAGACGUGGAAUCUGAGGCCGAGGAGAGCCGUUAAUAAGGGUUUGAAUGGGAGCGGAGGUGCUGUGAAGAUUGGUGGUGGCGCGGUGCAAGAGAUCAAAUCUCAGGUGACAAGUACUAAUCGGAAUGAAUGGACUCGGUCGAACCGGAAUGGUAAUGAUGCUACUAACUAUGACGACAACAACAACAACAACAAGGAGAAAGAGAAGGAAAAGGAAAAGGAUAAGGAGAAGAAGUUGAGGUUUUCGAUUCCUCUUACUAGAGAGGAAAUUGAAGAAGAUAUUUAUUCCUUGACUGGGUCAAAGCCCGCGAGAAGGUCAAAGAAGAGAGCUAAGCAUGUGCAAAAACAACUUGAUUGCUUGUUUCCUGGUAUGUGGCUGGCUUCGAUCACUCCGGAAUGUUACAAGGUUCAUGAAGCUCCUUCAAAGUUGAGAAUGUAGUUCUCCUGCUCUGCAGGGUUAAAGACUUGACUGGGAGGUUGGAGGUGAUGACUGUUGAACUCUUUUGACAUCAGCUGAAAUCAAUUUAGCAUAUACAUGAUCCCGUGAAGAUGAAAGGGUAACAAAUGUAUCUUGUUUUUGUGCCUCUUUCUGUUCACCGAGGAGCUUCUGGGAAUGUUGGAAGGGUUAAUGUUAUAGUUUUUGUCAUGGGUAGCCGCAGAUGUACAUAAGAACAGUUAGUCUAGUGAGUAGAGAUAUGAAUAACAUUGGUGUUAAUAUUUUCAGUUAGUUUGAAAUCAAGAUGCUUUUCCCAA